ACGAAACGAGUCCUAAAAAAGUUUCGGCUGGCCCUCUCUCUUCUUCAAUUCAAUGAAAUAAAACCCCGUGAAGGGGCCUCCUCUCCUCCACGAUUUUUCGCCCUCUCUCUUUGGAUCCAUCUCUAUCCUGGAUUCUUCCCUCUCUUCUCAUCUCGGGGCUUCAUCCAAUGGAGGGCCUCCUCGGGAAGCUGCGGAACCUGGAUGCCUACCCCAAGAUCAACGAGGAUUUCUACAGCCGGACGCUCUCCGGGGGCGUCAUCACUAUCGUCUCCUCCAUCAUCAUGUUCCUCCUCUUCAUCUCCGAGCUCAGAUUGUAUCUUCAUGCUGUUACAGAAUCAAAGCUUGUAGUGGAUACUUCAAGAGGAGAAACACUUCGCAUCAAUUUUGAUGUCACCUUUCCUGCCCUUUCGUGUUCUAUGCUCAGUCUUGAUGCCAUGGAUAUCAGUGGAGAAGAGCACCUUGAUGUAAGGCAUGAUAUUAUUAAGACACGGAUAGAUUCCCACGGCAAUGUUAUUGAAGUUAGACAAGAUGGGAUUGGUGCAGCGAAGAUUGAGAACCCUUUACAAAGACAUGGUGGGAGGCUUGAACACAAUGAGACUUAUUGCGGAUCUUGCUAUGGUGCAGAAUCGUCGGAUGAAGAUUGCUGCAACUCUUGUGAAGAAGUUCGUGAAGCAUAUAGAAAAAAGGGUUGGGGUUUGUCAAACCCCGAUUUGAUUGAUCAGUGCAAAAGGGAGGGUUUUCUUCAGAGGAUUAAAGAUGAAGAAGGUGAAGGAUGCAGCAUCUACGGUUUCUUGGAAGUCAAUAAGGUGGCUGGAAAUUUUCAUUUUGCCCCAGGAAAAAGCUUCCAACAGUCAAAUAUGCAUGUGCAUGACUUGCUGCCAUUCCAAAAGGAUAGUUUUAAUAUUAGCCACAAGAUUAAUAGAUUGGCUUUUGGGGAAUACUUUCCUGGAGCUGUAAAUCCUCUUGAUGGAGUGCAAUGGGUGCAACGAACACCAUAUGGAAUGUAUCAAUAUUUUAUCAAGGUUGUUCCCACUGUCUACACUGACAUAAGUGGGCAUACUAUCCAGUCCAAUCAGUUUUCUGUAACGGAGCAUUUUAAGAGUGAUGAUGUUGGUCGAAUUCAAUAUCUUCCUGGGGUGUUUUUCAUUUAUGACCUUUCACCAAUUAAGGUGACCUUCACAGAGGGACACGUAUCGUUCUUACACUUCUUGACCAAUGUUUGUGCAAUAGUUGGAGGUAUAUUUACUGUUUCUGGAAUAUUAGAUUCAUUUAUAUAUCAUGGUCAAAAGGCAAUCAAGAAAAAGAUGGAACUCGGAAAAUUCAUUUGAUUGUUGGACUUUCAUGUAACCUCAUGUGCUUGCCCGCCAAGAGCAGCCUCACUCAGGGAGGAUUGCUGCAGAUGGUUCUCUUAAGAUCCACAAUCAAAUCGUCUUUUGAGUACACGCAGACUAUUUAUGGGAUUGAGUCAACAAUUAUUUUUGUUCGUUUCUCUAUGCUGCACCAAGAACGGUGGCUUUGUUGUGGAUCUUGAAGAUUGCUUGAAAGCUGUCAACCCUCAUAUUCAAGUCAUUUAAACGCAUCGAUUUGCUGAUGAAGGAGCAUUUGCAGCGAUCACAGAGAAAUUUCUGUAACAGAUGACUAUGGACCGCUUGAGAUGCUCACAAGUAGAAGAAAAAACAAGUAAAUUUUCCAGAUAUAUAUUGCAACUUUCAUUUAUUUUUUUGUUAUGUUCUUAGCUGUGUGAUGAUUUAAAUCACCCAAAUCUGAAACUAUUGCAUCCUAUUAGUGACUUUUAUACUGACCUGAAUGUGUAGUUUCCUACCUGUUUA